UUUUUCUAAUAAAUAUGUCUAAGCUUUCAGUUUCUUGUAAAUUCUUCAUCAUCUCCUUCCUUACACUCUUCCAAUCAACAGUUGAAGCCUAUAAUGUCAUCAGCUUUGGUGCAAAACCAGACGGUCAAACUGACUCAACUCAAGCCUUUGCAAAUGCCUGGGAAUCGGCAUGCAAAUCAACCAGGCCGGCCACCAUAAAUGUUCCCAAGGGCAGGUUCCUGAUAAAACCGAUAUAUUUUAAUGGAACAUGUAACAAUGAGAUUAUCUUCCAGAUUAAUGGAACUAUUAUAGCCCCGGCAAGCUAUUCGUCACUCGGAGAUUCUGGAUUCUGGAUUAUAUUCUACAGAGUCUCUGGGUUGAUUGUUCGUGGUGGAACGUUUGACGCCAAAGGAGCUGCCUACUGGGAUUGCCGGAAAUCUGGAAAAAGUUGCCCACCUCUACCUAGGUCAGUAACAUUCAUGGAGUCAAGUAAUGUCGUGGUUAGCAGAUUAAAAUCGUUAAAUAGUCGAUAUUUCCACAUAGCUAUCGAUGGUUGCGAAAAUAUUACACUUAAAAAGCUGAACAUCAGUGCUCCAAGCUGGAGUCCUAACACAGAUGGCAUCCAUAUCCAAUCUUCCUCCGGAAUAUCCAUAACUGACAGCUCCAUCAAGACUGGAGACGACUGCAUAUCCCUCGGCCCCGGCUCUAAAAACUUGUUGAUCCAGCGCAUUGCCUGUGGCCCCGGCCAUGGAAUUAGCAUCGGCAGUCUUGGGGACAAUGCAUAUGAAGAAGGUGUUGAAAAUGUAACAGUUUCAGAUUCAACUAUCAGCAGAGCUGAAAACGGAGUGCGGAUUAAAACAUGGGCGAGAUCAAGCAAUGGAUUUGCCAAAAACAUUAAUUUUCAGAAUAUCGUCAUAGAAAAUGCUUAUAACCCCAUAUUCAUUGAUCAAUAUUAUUGCCCUGACCACAAAGGUUGCCCUAAUCAGAGUUCCGGAGUCAAAAUUAGUGGUGUUACAUAUAAGAAUAUAAAGGGAACAUCAGCCACAAAAGAAGCCGUGAGAUUUGAUUGCAGCUCAAGCAAUCCUUGUACAGGGAUAGAGUUACAGGACAUCUAUCUUUCUUAUAAUAAUACUGCAGCAGCAUCGUCAGCAUAUUGUAGAAAUGCGCAGGGGAGCUCCAGUGGAGUUGAGGUACCAAAAAGUUGUCUGUAAACAAAAAAAUUCCUGUAUAGUUGAUUAUAGAUGUUUUUGUGUGUGUGUGUGUGUGUGUAUACACACACACACAAUAUGU